ACUGUAAAAAUAAAUCUUACACUUUUAAUCUAUCAUUAUUUGUUUGUUUGAUAGUUUUUAUAAAUAUCCAAUUUAUGAACAGGCAAGUUUUUAAAUGUUGAUUUAUGUUAUUAAUUAAUUUAUAGUAAAAUUUAGUAUAAAACAAAAUUUUUAAAGUCAAUUAGAUAUCUUGAGCAAUCAAAUCUAACCUGAAAAAGUUUAAAUGGAAUAAAAUAAUAUUAAUCCUAAUAGGGGACUAAAAGCUGUAGUGUUAGGUUCAACAGGAGCUAUUGGAAGAGUACUCGUAAGGGAGCUGUGUAGCAAUAAAAAAUGGGUAGAAGUAUCAGUAAUCGUUAGAAGAAAAUUGAAUGAAUGGAACAAUAUACAAGGUUUUGAAAAACUGAAAAUAAUCGAAGUAGGCAGUUUAGAUGAGCUACAAGAAACAGAAAAAUGGGUCUAAUUUAGAAAUUAUGAUUCAUUCUUUUGCACAUUGGGAUCUAGAACGAAAGAAGGAAAGGAUUAAUUCUUUAAAGUUGAUUAUACAUACUGCUUUUGGGGAGCAUAAAUAGCUGAGCACAAUAAAAUUCCUCACUUUUCUCUAUUAAGUUCUGUAGGAGCUAAUGCUAAAUCUAUGUUUUUAUACACAAAAACAAAAGGAUAGAUUGAACAAGCAAUUAAAGAUUUAAACUUUAGAUAUUAUUCUAUAUUCUAACCAGGAUUUUUGAGAAAUAGAGACAAUGAUUCAAGAUGCAUAGAAAAGUUUUUCUAGUACUGCUGCUGUUGCUGUGGACCAAGCAUAGAGAGCGUAGAUUGUGCAAGAGCUAUGAUAAUGGAAGCAGAAGAACGUUUUAGCAGUAGUAGCGAAUAAUUUGAUAGAAUUAUCACAUAUACAAAUGCAUAAAUGAAUUCUAUUGCUAAAAAUUGAUAUUAUUAUUUAUUUUACUUUUUUAUAUUUUGAGUUAAUUAAAAAUUCUUAAAAUAUUAUUUUAGACCUCUAAUAAUAAUUUCUCUAAAGAUA